AUGGCGCCGGUCGCGGUUCCCAAAGUUGAGGACCUGUCCCUAGAGGACAGGGAGAAGCAGGAGGCUGCUGCCGAUGCUGCUCCCGCUCAGGCUGAGCCGAAACCUGACGAGAACGGCGAUGAGCACGACUCUGACGACGACGACGAGGCGGAGGGCGAGGGCGGAGAAGGAGCGUCUGGCGCGGCCAAGAAGAAGAAGAAGAAGAAAAAGCCCAAAAAGAAAAAGACGGCGGCGGUGCAGUCUGACCCACCGCGUGUGGGUCUCACCAAAAUCUUCCGGAGCGGCGUGUUCCCCGUCGGCGAGGAGGUCGAGUACAAGAACGACACGACGAGCCGCAUCACGUCCGAGGAGAUGCGCGAGAAGGAGCGUCUCGCGCAGGGCGACCCCAGCACGAACUACCAGAACAUCCGUCGUGCGGCCGAGGUGCACCGACAGGUGCGCCAGUAUGCGCGCAAGCACAUCCGGCCCGGCAUGAAGCUGAUUGACAUUGCCAACAUGAUCGAGGACGGCACGCGCGCGCUGGUCGAGGAGGACGGAUUCGAGAGCGGUAUCGGCUUCCCGACGGGACUGUCCAUCAACGAGUGCGCGGCGCACUACACGCCCAACCCGGGGGACACGAAGGAGCUCAAGCAGGGCGACAUCAUCAAGGUUGACUUUGGCGUGCACGUCAAGGGCCGUAUCGUGGACAGUGCGUUCACGCUCAACUUUGCCGACCCCGAGUGGGACACGCUGCUGCAGGCGGUCAACGAGGCGACCAAGACGGGCGUCGCCGAGGCGGGCGUCGACGUGCGGCUGUGCGACAUUGGCGAGGCGAUCCAGGAGGUCAUGGAGAGCUACGAGGUCGAGAUCGGCGGCAAGACGCUCCCCGUCAAGAGCAUCCGGAACCUGAACGGGCACAGCAUCACGCCCUACGUCAUCCACGGCGGCACGGCGACGAGCCACGGCAAGUCGGUCCCGAUCGUGAAGCAGUUUGGCGAGCACAAGGACACGACGCGCAUGGAGGAGGGCGAGUACUUUGCCAUUGAGACGUUUGGCUCCACGGGCCGCGGAAAGGUGUAUGAGGACGGCGUGUGCUCUCACUACGCGCUCUCCCCGCAGAUGCCGGAACACUACACGCUGCGCCACCAGAGUGCGAAGAACCUGCUCAAGAGCAUCAACAAGAACUUUGGCACCCUCCCCUGGUGCCGCAGGUACCUCGAGCACGUCGGGGAGAAGAACUACCUCCUCGGCCUCAACGAGCUCGUCCGCCAGGGCGUCGUCGCAGACUACCCGCCCCUCGUCGACCCCGAGCCCGGAUGCAUGACCGCGCAGAGCGAGCACACCAUCCUCCUCCGCCCGACGUGCAAGGAGAUUGUCUCCAAGGGCGACGACUACUAG